AUGCACCAGGUCAUGGCCCCCCAACCCAGCCACAGAUCCCCUCUGACGACCAGACUGCCAGGAUCCAUACCACUCCUGAGGCACACCGAACUGAGCCCCCCAACCCCGGCGCCUCUGGGAUCCCCCCACCAAAGUCUUGUCAGUCAGCCCCACCUCAUCAAGCAGCCCAGUCCCUGACCUCGCGAAUCACUCUAUGGUGACUUUGGGUGGGUGACUCCUGGGACUUCCUGCUCCAUUACUGGGCCCUCACCUCCUGCUGCCCCAAACUCGACCUCCCUGGGCUCUUUGGGCUCACAUCUCCAAGGACCUGGGUCCCGCAGCCCCAAGCCCCACUCUGGCCAGUUGUCCCUGGGAGACUUUGGGCUGGUGACUCCUGGGGCUCCCUGCUGCAGACUCUGCCUUCCACUCCUGCUGCCUCAAGGUCGACCUCCCUGGGCUCUUUGCACUGGCAUCUCCAAGGACCUGGGUCCCAACCCGGUGUUUCCCUCCCCCAUCGUAGAGUGGCAAUGCGGACAUCGUGCUGAUGUGGUCCCUACCCCCGACCAGGAGGAGUGGAAUGUAAUGAGGUCACAAUCUGCCUAG